CAAUCACGCUGCCUCAAAACAGUGUAGUUGAAGAUGCUCUGUGUGUGUAUGUGUGUGGUGGCUGGUAGUGGGGGACCAGCUUGGUGCAUUUUUAAGCAAACACUGAUUGCUGCAGCUCAGGCUCCACAGAGAUUCCUCUCCUUCUAAACUACCUUGAAGAGAAUUUGUGAAGUGUGGUUUAUUUCUCCUCUGCUGCCCCCCGCUUCAUAUAUAUAUAAUAUAUAUAUAUAGGAGAGAGAGAGAAUAUUUAUUUACUUUGUGGAAAUGAUUGGAGUUAAUAGUGUCCAGAGCACCAGCAAGGUCCGAGUGAGAGCUACAGGUUCGGUGAAAUACCCGCGAGAGGACCCGGUCUGGCGGCAAACUCACCGCUCAAAGUCCAUGAAAAUUUCCAACUCCACGGAGUUUUCUGCUAAAGAAGCCAAGGCUCUCUACAAUUCAAUCAAAAACGAGAAGCUUGAGUGGGCAGUAGAUGAUGAAGAAAAGAAAAAAUCCCCCUCGGAUGGUACCGACGAGAAGGAUAAUGGAACUCAGUCGAAGUCUGGCAACCGCAUAGGCAACUCCGGUAACCCUUUCCUGGACAUUCCUCACGACCCCAAUGCUGCUGUAUACAAAACUGGAUUCCUGGCACGUAAAAUCCACGCUGAUAUGGAUGGGAAGAAGACUCCACGAGGGAAGAGGGGAUGGAAAGCCUUUUAUGCUGUUCUUAAAGGAACUGUGCUUUAUUUGCAAAAGGAUGAAUACAAACCAGAUAAAGCUUUAUCAGAGGAAGAUCUUAAGAAUGCAGUCAGCGUGCACCAUGCAUUAGCAUCGAAGGCGACAGACUAUGAGAAGAAGCCAAAUGUUCUGAAGCUCAAGACAGCUGACUGGAGGGUCCUGCUUUUCCAAGCCCAGAGCCCGGAAGAAAUGGAGUUGUGGAUCAACAAGAUCAAUUCUGUGGCAGCCGUUUUUUCUGCCCCACCAUUUCCAGCUGCUAUUGGAUCCCAGAAGAAGUUUAGCCGCCCACUGUUACCUGCUUCCACAACCAAAUUGUCUCAGGAUGAUCAGCUGAAAUCACAUGAAAGUAAACUGAAGCAAAUCUCCACUGAACUAGCUGAGCAUCGUUCCUACCCACCAGAUAAGAAACUUAAAGGCAAGGAAGUGGAGGACUACAAACUGAAAGAUCAUUAUCUGGAAUUUGAGAAAACUCGGUACGAAACCUACGUGUCUCUUCUCACAGAGGGAGCCAGCAAGGAGUUGCUGAGCACCAAUGAGAAUGACGGCCUGGGACUGAAGAAAUGCCACUCAAGCCCCUCAUUAAAUCAGGAGUCCCCUCUUAGUGCCAAGGUGAAGCGUAACAUCUCCGAGAGGAAAGACUAUAGACCCGAAACACCGAGCAUCAAGCAGAAGGUUACUUAGGGCAACUGAGGCAGGCUGGAGGAACAACAUGAUCACUCGCUCUUUGAUAACCUGUCCUUUGCAAAAACAAAACAAACAAAAAUUAACACAUCUGCCUGAAUGGGGUGUUAGUGACAUUUUCAAUUGUAAAUUUUUGUUGUUUCUGUACAGGUUGUUGGAGAUGUUUUGGCUUCUGACUUGCAUUUGCCUAGUUCAUUUAUCAUAAAGCAAUUGAUCCAGUCCUUUUAAAAAGAGAGAGAGAGAGAAGGAAAAUAAGGUACAGCAAGGAAGAGAUUUGAUGAUGUAUUCAUCUCUCUCAUCUUUUUAUCUUACUUUGUUGGCUUGUAAUUUUCAUAUCUCAAGUCUUCUGCUGCUUCCCUGCAGUAGGGCAAGUAACUGGACAAACCGAAGCUUACUGAGUCAUUUAGCUUUGUGAACGGAUUCUUGCAUUUUCCAAGGUGGCACAAUAGUAGUCUCACUGUUAAAAGAGACUAGGUGAAACUGCACAUCCUUGGGGGAAAUUAAGUUUCCAAGUGCUGCAGAGCUCUGUAACUAACAUGUGGUGGGAGCCGUGUCAAUUGCUAGACUGUGAAAAAACCCCAGUUGUGAUCUCUGAGCCCCACACGCUGUAAGGGGCUGAAAAGCGAAGGAAAAAAAUGGUGUUAACAAAGCUAGCAUAUACUAGAUUUAGACACCAAGGAAGGCUUUUGGUGAUCUGAAAUGGCUCCAACCAAAACUGGGUUAUUUUUCCAUUUCAUUGAACUGAAGGUCUUAUCCAUGGACUUCUCUGUUUAUCAGCAAGUUGUGCUACCUGUACAGUUUUCAGCAGUAUCUUAGUCAUACAAUUGCUGUACAGACAGCUGUAGUGUGUAUUUAUUUUCCAUUGGCAUUACGAUCCUCCUCCAGAAGUAUGUUCAGGCACUUUAUAGUCUAAAAGACUGCAGCUGAGAAUUUCUCUCUGAAUGCUGGAACGUCUGAAGGGACAGCAUGUUACUCAGUUCCCUUCUGUAACUAAAAGUCACGAAGACCUAGAGAUACGGUGUUUGGAAUGACAGCUAGAUUCUUUCUUCCUACAAAUGAAAAACUGGCUCCAUUCCAGCCACCCUGUGCCAGCUAGCAGAUCCCUCCAGCUAAAAUAUCACCCACCAUAGAUAAUGCCCUCCGCAUUCUGUUUCCUUUCAUCGCAAAGAGAACAUGGGCUAAGAAUAAAAAUGAUAGAUUUUCCCGUUGGCUCCCAGAACAGGCAGCUCAAAGUUAAGGACACACAUUGCUCCCGUAUGUGAUGGAUGAGGAACCUGCGGCUGUUCAGCUGUCGUUGGACGGCAACUGGCAUAAUCUCUGGCCAUUGGCUAUGCUGCCUGAUCCUGAUGGGAAUUCAGCAAAGUGUCCACGGGUUCCCCAUCCCUGCUGUUGAUCUGGGGGCAGUGUGUGUGUAUGUGUUUCUGUCUGUCACAGACAGGGUAAAGGGUGAGCUUCCACUUUCCCAUGAAGCCAUCUGCCUCAGAGAUGAGGAAGAAGGACUAUAGUGACAUGCUGUACUAAAUCAAAAGCCGCCAUUUGCCAGGACACAGGCUAGGUGCAACUAGAAGUGUUGCUCUAUCCCUCAGUCUCUGUGGCGAAAGGCGCAUGUUCCUGGCAUUGGCAGUCAGAGUGGCAACUAGUUGAGAUUAAUCCAAGAAGUGGGACAGGAAUCCCUUGUCACCUGCACCUUCCUAGGGAGACCCAACCUGUAGCUGAGAAUUGUCAGUCCUGUUACGUUAUGAAGGGCGAAACCAGCCAUUAAUGUAGACCGGUUGAUAGUUACUGUGAGAAUGAAUGAGCCCAGAAGUGUGGCAUUUGUGAGGCAGUGGCUCGCAAGUUCUUCUGCCGUAGCUCAUUUUUCACCAGUGGUUCAGAAAAGUCAGCAAGCUGUCCAGUUAUAAAGAGAAGAGAGAGACAGCAAUAAAGUGACAGAACCGAUUAGCAUUGUCUGAGAAGGAAGAGGUGACCUUGGCUUCACUGCUGUGCGUAUCGUCUGGUGGAGUGCAGGCAAAAAGUGAAGAUGACUUUAAAAAGAUGGGGGGGAGGAAACGCCCACUGUUUUGAAAGCUGGGGAAGCAGGUAGAGGUGAGGAAAAAAGAGAGAUUGCAGUUACCAACAUGUGCAAAGCCAUGAUAUUGCAUUGUGAUUCUCUCUGGCGUUUUCCGUAGAUGGAACAAAUUGAAUUAUUCAGGAGCCUUCUGUGUUGCUUGGCUGUUGGCCUCUAUGGCUGUUUGCUGAGUGUUGCUCAGUGGUGUUUGCAAACUCUAGAAUAGCAGUUUUUCUUGGAAUGGCUGCGACGUAGGUUCUGGCAUGGUGUUCACCCUAAAGUUUGGAGUAGGAAUUAUCAGGUGGUAUUCACCUUGCUUCCACUGAAGAUGCAGAGUCACGGGGUGGUCAAGAUUUGCACAGUUAAACCACUGUAGUCUGAUGAUCAAAGGAGAGGUAGUGACUCUUUAUACCCUUCCUUUGGAGGUUAAUGAGCUUUGCAUCAGCUAAGAUUUGGGAAGGGAGGAUACAUAUUGCAGUCAUGCAACAACUGGGUGACCCAGUUACGACUCUUUUGAAGGAGAGAUGACAGUGUGUGUGUGUGUGUGUGUGUGUGUGUGUGUGAGAGAGAGAGAGAGAGAGAGAGAGAGAGAGAGAGAGAGCACAGAGGAGCUGAUCCAGUAUAAUGCCCAUAUUUGUGUCGGUUACAGUAUGCUUUAGGGUGCCCAGAUGCACAGCUUUGUAAGAGUUUCAGGCUGAGAAAAGCUGCUCCCUCUCAGUCUACCUCUUCUGCAACUGUUUAAAGGCACACAAGCACUAUCAUCUUUUGCAUUUCCCCCUAUAUAUACCCACCCCUUGACAAUCUGCACUGUGGGGCAGAGAGCUUUUCUCUUGGCCAGAUAGCACUGUCUUGGGGGUCUCAUCUGAGAGGUGGGUGACGCAGACAUUGUUGGAGGCUUAGGGUUGCACUCGCUGUAAUGCCUACUCAGAAUAGACCCAGUGAAAUUAAUAGACACAUCUAAUUUUGGGCCAUUAAUUGCAGCAGGUCUGUUUAGAAUGAAGCUUAGUUGAAUGCAACCCUUAGUACUUGGUACCACUUCCUAGGUGCAAGUUGGCAGUGUCUUUUAGAGCAGUGGGUGGCUUUGUAUUCUGGGGGACAGGAGUACUUGUUUUGUCUGCCUGACAGUGGCCCUUGGGCUGGAACUGCCUUUUGUGCAAACCUGAUCCCUUCACUGAUGGUUCUAUGAGUCUAAGGAUGGUUUGAGCAUGGUUUCCAAAGAGAAUGAAAGAACAUUAAAUUAUAGAAGAUCUCUCUCUCUCUCUCUCUCUCUCUCUCUCUCUCUCCACACACACACACACACACACACACACACACACACACUUUGAGUAUUAUUUUCUUUCCUGAAUGAAUGAAUCUGUGGGUGUUUAGUGACCUGGAUUGACCCAAAGGCCAAUGGCCAUCUUUGCUUUAGAAAAUUGGCAGGGAGAGGAGAGCGGAAAUCAGUAAAAGAGCUGAGUACUGGUAGUUCAGGGAAAGGAAGGAAGGAAGGGCACCUGGGGAGAUCCGUAUCCUGAAAGGAAGGUUCCCCAGUGAAACAUUCACCUUGCUCUUUUGCCCAUGGAUAAAACAUAGCUACUACUGACAUGCCAUCCUCUUUCCCCCCCACUUCCUGUUGUUGAAGAAGCUAAGGAUGCAGACUGAGCCUGUUGUACACCAUGUUCCUGUGUGGUAGCUUAAAAAGGCUGGGUAACCGCAGAGAAAUCUUCUGCUGAUCAUUUUGCAGUACUGCAGGGCACCAAAAUAGCCCCUGAGAUGGCAGUUUUAAGUUGCACAAUUGAAAGCUGGAGUGUGCUUCACACGUGCUCUCGUUCGCAAUGUGUACCAUAAUGAAUGCCGAAGCCUCAUUGUGAACGUUGGCGGAGCAAAUAAAUUGAAAUGCUGCAUUUUAUAUCUGUUCUUUUUUAUUUAUUUUAAGAACCGUAGGGGAAUUCUAAUUAUUUAUUACUAGCAAAAUGUCCGUCAUGAUGACGGAGCGUAUGUGUUGAGGGAGUGCUUGUAAAUUGCAAGGACAGACCCCACCCCACCCCCCAUUCCCACCCUGCGCCUUUCAGAUAGCAUCUCUGUUAGGCCCCAGAAGGUUUUGCUUUCAGUGCAGCAUUGUUCCCAAGAGUAGCUCUUUGCUUUUUCUCAAAGCACUGCAUUUAUUUUUCCUGUAUAUUUGCUUCACGGGAGAAAACUGAAAAAUGCACUUGAGGAAGCUAAGCUUUCCCCCACCCCUGGUGACACAGGGACUCCAGCCGUUUGGGGCUCUGUUUCUUGGUCACGCUAGAAUGCGACUGAACUAUGGGUUGUGGCUUUUAUAUACAUUCAGAUACUUCUUUUAUAUUCACUUGAGAAGCAAGCUAUAGUUGUUCUGAUCUAGCAUUUCCAUAGUGGUGAUAGGGACAUACAUACUCAGACAAAGCUGAACGUUGAUACAAAAGUACAUCCCUACCUGGAAUUAUAAGCCAUGUGCUUGACCUUAACUGGGGCCGGUUAUUCCUUGGAAUUAUGCCUUGUUAUUCUUUUAAUCACUUCUCUUUCUUCUUCUCACCCCUCUUGGCCUUAACUUUCACCCCUGGAUCUGUUCUUUGUGCAACAGCUCCACAUUCCACAACACAACACUGCAGAGUAGUGUCUACAUCCAUGUGCAUGUUAACUUGGCUUGUACAGUAUAUUUAUAAAUACUCUGUUGAUUGUACAGUAUAUUUAUAAAUGGUUGGUUGGUUGGCUGGUCGCUUGCUUGCUUUUAAAAUUGAGAAUCCACAUAGUCCUCAGUGUAGUAGCAAUCUGGGUUUUCAAAUGGAAAUAGGAUUGCAAGCAGCGCUUAACCUUCUGUACAAGAAUUGACCUUUAAUGGAGGGUGGCCGACUAGGCUCAAUGGGGCGCUGCUCCACCCAUGUUAGUCACUCCUUAGCCAGUUCCCACUAGCCUACCUUCUUACUUAAAACCAGUCCAGGGAGAGGCACUGGCUGUCAGCUUCUUCCCCCUUAGUCUCAGUGUUGCCCUUGCAGAACUCAGCGGGGAGGAGAAUUGGAAUAAAAGUAGAAUUAGUUGGCUCUACCUCUCAUUGGCACUGGUUCUGUCUACUGUUUGGGCUCCCUGCAUUCCACCCCACCACCUUCGAUGGGCACCAGCCAGAACUGAUGAUGAGGUUAUGAUGAGAUGGCCAAAACAGAUUUGUAAAGUGUUGCUUUGUCUGCUCACCUACCGCAAGUAAGAAUUGUCUCCAGGGAAACCAUUCAGGAUAGCUUUAGAAAAUUCAUUUACACAAAUGACUAGCGUGGGUAUGUGUGGGCAGAUAGGCUUAUAGAACUUUGGGUGUUAGUAGUUUCUGUGGUCUAACUUGCAAAGCUGGCCCAAAUGCAUCUUCAGCCGAUGGGUUUUUGCCUAAUCUGGUUGCUCUCACACAAACUGAAAUGGUUGGAAAGUAUUCCAAAUGCUGAUUGCUCCCCAUCAUGUGCACAUGCGCAGAGCUCUCUAAGUCAGUAUUUCAAUUUUCCUCUGAGGAGUCUAUAAGUAAACUAAGUUCUGCUAAGCUGAGAUCUUGCAUCUGUUCCUGUUUUAUUGCAAUUAGAUGCUAAGUAAAAAUUAUCUUUGAGAAAGAAAGAAAGAAAGAAAGAAAGAAAGAAAGAAAGAAAGAAAGAAAGAAAGCUCUUCGUUUAUUUAAAAAAGACGAUUUACAGCCUAGCCAUUGUUCAAGGAGUCAUUUAUAUUCUCCUUUAAUUGUGAAUAUGACAUUCCUGAGCUCAGGAAGCUUCUGGCAGACAGUUUGUAUGGCAUAUGUGCUUGCUUUUAACAUCUUGCAGUCAUAUCUUGCAGCUUCUACAACUUGGCACCUUCCCUGUGCCAAAUUUGUGAUCCGUUCCCAGGAUCACUCCAAAUGGUGGAUUAAAUCAACUUAAUUUUCCGAUUUGCAAUGUGCCCUAGGUACCAUUGUCUGCAAAGAGGUAAUGUGCUCACGUUUCUCAGCAGACAGACUUGUCUGAAAAUCAGUGAUUGAUUUAAAUUCCUCUUUCAGACUGUCAAGACUGCUUUAACUGGUACACGGCAGAACAAAACUGUCUUUUCAUCAGGCACUGUGCUAGAGUUUACUAGGUUGCCAGACAUGGCUGCAAGUUUCGGAAGAGAUUGGGGUCUUUAUGUGAAUAUUUUUAAGCAAGCCUCCAUCUCUAAGCCUCAGCUCCCCGUCUGCAAUAGGCAGAAGAUAGCACUGGGAUGCCAGAUAGGGUUGUUAUAAGGCUUGCUGUGAUAAUUUAUGUUCAGUGCUUUGAACACUCUGGAAAUGUUCAAGUGCUAAGAAUGAUUCUAUCCCAAAUUUCUGGAUUUCAUUUUGAAUUUGGGCAGAAUGAAAAGAUGCGGAUGGCAGGAGCAUAGUGGGUCAGUACCGUGUCUGGGCUAUUGCCAAGGAAAACAGGCAAGAUCAUGAGGCAAAACAUGAACUUUUGCUAAAUAAUGGGUCUUGUAUUCUUGAUGAAAAGGCCUGUAAAAUAUUUUUGGACAGCUGGCUAGUGUCUCCUCAAAAUAAAAAAACAACAAUUCUUUAUAGAGGCAUAUCGUAGCACUUAGGAGGUCAUGCUGCAUGUGAAUUUUGCCUUGAGAACUUGAAUAGACUGGCAAAUUUAGAACUUAAAUUUCACCUUGUACUAGUAACGUGUGCCAUGCCUUUUAAGUGACUGUGUGUUGUAUGGCAGGUAGCUGUUGUGGCAAAAUACAAUAGUUCUCCUAUUGUAUAAUGAGAUUAUUGUUUCUGGGUGCUUUGUUUUAGUCAUCAUUUCCUAUCUCCCCGCCCCCCCCCAAACAAAAUCAGCUGUGAAUGGAUGUAAACUACAGCAAGCAGUUGCCUCUUUUUCAGAUGCGGCUUUAGGAAAAAAGCGGCCAGAGGCAUUAGCUAUUUUGUUCAAUUUACAUAAGGAUAGCUGGAUAGUAAUUCCAGAAAUGUUCCCUUUAGUCCAAGCCUUCUCUGACUUCUGUGUUCAUAGCAGAGAUGGCAUUUAAACUGCACGUCCUUCCCACUUGUUUCGACUUUAAAGUUUUUCUGUGUUUAGAAUAGCAGUUUGUCUGAAGCAACUGUAACCACCUUUGCUCAAUCCAUAGCUGCAGUGAGCUAUCCAUCCUCCCUUACGCAGAGGUAUGUGAGAUUCAAAAGCUUACAUAUUCAUGUGACAUUAGAAGUUAGUCCAGUCGGGACCCACUUUAUUUCUUUGUUACCUCUUGAAGAAAUGGUGUAGCUGAGGAUGAGGUUUUAUUUAUUAUUUCUAACAGGGAAAUGCCAACUCAAGGAGAUCUUUCUGUACCAUUGUUUUGUGGUUAUUCGUUUGAUUUCUUGGUGGAGACAUUUCCUGUCAAAGCUGAUUGUAAACGGUUAGUGGGAGCUUAAAGUAGUACCGCUGCAUAAUGUGUCGGCAUAUGAAUCAAUCGGUUGUGCAUAGCAGUACUGAAAUGUGCUCAUGGGAUCAGAAAUACCAUUAACAGGGACUUCAUGCCUUGCUUCUGUUUCAGUAAAACGCCCUUAAUACUUGCUUAGUUCCUCCACUGAAAUUAUACACAAGGGCUGGGCUGGACCCUUCUCUAGGUCUUGAAAGCCCAUGUCCUGAGCGGUGAAGCUUUCACCAUAGCAACACCGAAAAGGUAGCACUCCAUUUCUCUUUUCUUGGUUCGCCCAGUGUCAAGGAAGAACAUUUAAAGCUUACCCACACUUUAACUUUUGUCUCCCUCUUUCCACGCACAGGUCUGCACUUAAAAGUUCAGGGUCCAAGCGUUUUAUUUUUCCUCCGGAGCUUUUCCUGCAAAAACCUGCUCUUUAGCACUCAAUCAAAGCAAACAUCAAUUUGGCUUGUCGUUUACUCCGAUUAAGCUUUAAAGAGCGGGUUUUUGUGGGGAAACCUCAGGAGCAAAAGCGGGGGGCGCUUGGACAGAGAGCUUUAAAACGUGGACUGUACCUGGAAGGAGCAGAGGAAAGCAUGGAUAAGCCCUUAAAGUCAAGGCAGAAGAUGGAGCUCUUCCCUUCCUCCUAAGCUUCCCCUCUCACCUCUAGUUCAUCUGAGGCCUGCACACAGAAGAAUCAGAGUUAAGAUGGAAAGCAUAUCUCUCGAGUAUCCCUCACAUUGAGGGACAUAGUGCAUUACGCACCACUGCCAGCCUCCAAUGACUUGAUGAUCUUAUCUCAAGACAAGGAGAGUAGGCCAGACUUUUCUCAAAGGUAAUCAAAAGGGUGUCCUAAUGAAAAACAUGUGGAUACUGUUGUAGAAGGCAGCAUGUGGAAGAGUUUGGUGCUGGUGGUGUUGAAGGCUGCCAUCGGCUGUGGUGGCUUGUGACAGGUCUUCAGAGCCACACACAAGUCAAGAGCAUCAGCCUUGAGUUGAGUUGAUGGAACUCCCUCCUACAAUUCCAGCAGCCAUUGAGAAUGCUGGUGUCAAGGUUGAACUUCAGCAGUCCUAUACACAGUUGCCACCAAAAUGGCUUGUUCUUGCUGGUACGAGCUUAUAGAACAUGACCUCUCUGGGGAAUGUUGAUCAUAAGCAUAAUAGGAAGACAAAACAAUUGUUCCUGUUGCACUCAUGCACACACAUACACACAAACCUGCAUGCAAACAAACUGGUGCAAAUUCCUUUGUUACCCCUUUAUUUUUUUAAAGGAAUUGUCCGUGUAUAUUCUAAGCUAAAAUCUAAACAACAACUGAGUUUGAAUUGUAGACUAUACUAGCCUUCAUCCCGUUACACGACUUGAGGUUGGAAUAACAGACUAUAACCCUAACCAUGUAGGUUAUCUGGCCUCCAUCAGUCUUGGUUCACGGCCAACCCUUUCCCCUAAUUGUUGUCCUUCCACUACUGUUCAUUGGCCAAUUGUACUAUUGACCAAUCAUUUUCUUCUUAGAUACGGAGUAGAUUUUGUUAUGCCAGGCAGGAUCCUGAAGCUACUCUAUGUGCCAGGAUUCUGCCAUGAAGGUUAAUUUCUCCCUAUGGGAACAAGAAGGGGCAAAGCACAACCUACUUCCUUCAUACCAGUAGCCAAAGGGUCCAAAGCAUUUUGUUAAUAUUCUCUACAGGUACUAUAGAAUUUCCUUUGAAAUCUCUAUUCCCUCUUUACAGGUACUAGAAACGCAAUUUCAUAUUUAAUGAAGGCACUUAUGGAGAUCCUCUUCCACAUGGUAGAUGGACUCACUUAUGUGGAUAUUGUUUUUAUAUCAUUGAAAUAAUAUUUUGGGGAUUAAGUUUACAUUUGCUUUUGGUUUUUUUCCUGUAUAUAAAUACACUUCUGUCUGUUUUACCAUUGCUGGAGUCUCCCUUCUAUGGUAUGCAGACAAUAAUUUGCCUGAUGUUACAAAGCUGUGAGAUAUCGUAGUUCCCCCCCCCAGCCCCUUUCUUGUGUACAUGUUCAUGACCAUGACAACUACGUUUUUUAAAAAAUGAGUUGGAAUAUUCUUGCUUUGGCGCAACGAAAACAUAAAGCCUCUUGGAUGGAUUUUUAUGUUUAUGGAAGUGAACAAGCUGGUGAAGGAUUUCACUUAUGUAUAUGAUAUAUGUAUAUGUAAAAACAAAACAAAAAAAAACUAGAAAAGAAAUAAACCAAAUGUAUUUCAUCUGCUGGAACGGAAGGUCAUUAUUUAAGCUUGCCCUGUGGUACCGUUGCCAAAGAACAGCAUAAUUAUCUGAUUGGUUUUCACUUUCUCAGAGCAUCCCCACAUUGUGAGUCAUGUGUAAUAAUAAUAAUAAGGCACAAAUCCCCAUUCAGUUUAUUUUUUUAUUUUUUUCCAUUUAAAAAAAAAAUGAUAUUCAGUUUAAGGUAACAUUUCGUUUUUCAGCUCCAUCAGCUUUCACUCCCAAGUUUUUGUGGGCUCUUGACCCAGUGGGCUGUCAGCGAACACUGCUAGUGUCCUGAGGAAGAUUUUGAGCAUUUAUCAAGCAUGGUAGUCCACUGGAAAAGCUAUUAAUUCAUAUUGUGUUCAUUUGUGCAUUUUUCACCCAUUGAAUAAAGGCAUAUCACUGGCCUAUGAAACCAUCCUCAUAGUCUAAUCCUCUCAAUGCUCAGACUGCCUUGGCCAGCUUCUCUGCUAAUGCAUUAGACCAUUCUUGUCCUGUACAUCCAGCCUUUUCUCCAUGGAAUAAAUACACUUGUUGACAAAC